GAGGCGAAGGGAGGAGGGGGCCGCUGCCGCCAUCUUGUGCGAGGAAGCGACCGGUCCAAGAAGGAAGGAAGGAAGGAAAGAAAGAAAGGAAGGAGGAAGAAGGGCGGAAGAGAGAACCGGAGAAGCAGCCAUCCAUCCAUCCGCCCUCCCAGAGUCCCCGCCGCCUUCGCCAUGAACCCCGAGUAUGACUACCUGUUCAAGCUGCUUCUGAUCGGUGACUCUGGUGUGGGAAAGUCUUGCCUCUUGCUACGGUUUGCAGAUGACACCUACACGGAAAGCUACAUUAGCACCAUCGGCGUGGACUUCAAAAUCCGCACCAUUGAGCUGGAUGGCAAAACCAUCAAACUGCAAAUUUGGGACACAGCGGGGCAGGAACGAUUCCGAACCAUCACAUCCAGCUACUACCGAGGGGCACAUGGCAUAAUUGUAGUAUACGAUGUAACAGAUCAGGAAUCCUACAACAACGUGAAACAGUGGCUGCAGGAAAUUGAACGCUAUGCCAGUGAGAACGUCAACAAGCUCCUUGUGGGCAACAAAUGUGACCUGACCACAAAGAAAGUGGUGGACUACACAACUGCCAAGGAAUUUGCGGACUCACUGGGGAUCCCCUUCUUGGAGACGAGUGCCAAGAAUGCCACCAACGUGGAGCAGUCCUUCAUGACAAUGGCAGCGGAGAUCAAGAAGCGCAUGGGCCCUGGAGCUACUGCCGGUGGAGACAGACCCAACCUGAAAAUUGACAGCACUCCAGUCAAACAAGGAGGCGGUGGCUGCUGCUGAGGGACAUGACAGUGAUGGCGGCGGCUAUGGGGGGAGGGGGGCUGGAGCCUGGGAGGAGAAGGAGCCUGCCCUUCUCUGCUAGUAUCCAGCCCCUGUUCUGCUUUUUUUCUUCUCUGAAGGUGGCUUUUCCCGGAUGAUACCUCAGCGGAGGGGGACGGGGCCUCCCUCCCCUUCCAGCUCAGCUGCUCCAAGUGCUGUUGAGCAGCUUUGGCCUAUUCUUUUUCCCCCACUGUGGGUUGGGGGUGUCGGGGGGGGGGGGGGGAGGGACGGGGGGUUUGGGGGGGGCGGGAGACAAGUCAGAUGCUUCCUCUGCCCCAUGGUGAUGCCUGCCCAUCUGCCUUGGUAGGAUCCACCCUACCUCAUAGGCCAGGUUUGGGCAACGGUUCUCUUUGCUGGUUUUGUUUUGCUGUCCUUGCUGUUUCCUUCCAUUCCUCCUCUUCCUGCCAUCCCCUGGUUGUGAUUUUUCUAAAACAGGGGAGAGCUUUUGUAUUCUUCAGUUUAGUCUCCCCUGUGCCUGCUGCUCUACAGAUCUUUCCGUCUUUCCUGUGGGCAAGCCUAAGCUGCUGCGUGUUUCUCUCCCCCGCCUUCCUCAGUCCUCCCAUAGACAUUUGGUCAGUGGUUCACCAGUGUGUAGGUUUUAGAUGGCGCCAAGGGCUGGGCUGUACAUGUACGUCUUUUUCCCUACCCUUCUGGCCCCCCCCCCCACUCUUUUUGGGGCGAGAGGGGCUGUGAGCUAUCACACUUACUCCCCAUAUGUGAUGACUGCUUUCUUUUUGACUGUGUUGGGGACUUGGAGUCUCCUGCUGAAUUGUCCCUCAAUUCCUACCAUGGUCUUUCCCCCCAUAUCACUACAUCACAUUCUCCCACACCACUAUUCCUGAAACUCCUCCUCUCAGGGCUUCUUUCCCCAGCCAUUCCACAGCCUGCUCUAGGAAUGGACAUUUUUUGGCCUCUAGCAGGAUUAACUGGUAUCCUCUGGCCUCUCUCCCUUCCUAGCAUUGAUGCUUCCUCUCUCCUAACUGGUGGAUGGUGUGUGUCAAACUAACACGGGAGGAAGGGGAGAUUUUGGGGUGGACUGGUGCUGUGGCUUCCCCAGCUUCUGCAUUCUGUAGUCAAUGAAUGUAUGUUUGGACAGCUGGGCACUCUCUGCACUACGUGAACAGCUUCAAGCAUGGGCCUGUCGUGGCCCUGAUCACCUGCAGCCAUCUCAACAGGCUUCAGAACCAAACUUUCUCCCACCCAUCACUCUGUCCGUUUCUGGUAUUUGCAGGGCCCUGUAGUUGCCCCCACCCUUUUUCUUUUGCUACACUUUUCCUCCUUUUAUCAAUGACCAAAUCAAGGCCCAUCCGUCCACCUGGUGCUGGGCUCUCGCUCCCAAGAAAGCUGCAUUGUGUGUGUGUGUCUCUCUCUCUAGCACCAAGAAGCUGGUUUUUUUAAAUUGCCCCACUGACCCAUUUCCCCCAUUAUCUCUCUUCCCUUCUCUUCCUUUUGUCUCUCCCCUUCACCCCUAUUUAAGGAAUGUCAGGGACCCCACUGGACCAGGCAGUGGGUGGAAGGUUUUGUUUGUCAGCUUUUUUUCACAAAUGAAAUUAAAAACACAAAUGAAAGGAAAAGGUAAAAAAAUAAAACAUAAUAAGCCUCUGCAAAAUGAGGGACUUUCAGGCGUGCCUAUGUAAUCUUUGUUUUCCUUAAAGGGAUGUGAAUGGCGGGCUGAGGAUUACUGGGGAAUAGAUGAAGGCGAUAUAGUGGCUCCCUUUUAAAAUGUUGCACCUGGGGAGGGAAAUGUUAGUGCCCCUAGCCUUCCUAGCCAUGGAAUCACUAACAGUGUCACCCACUCACUCUUCUUCCCUUCACAGUUAAAAGCCACCACCAUUGGCAGGAAACAGGGAGAGGACUUGCCACCAUGUGGCAGUUCUACUUUAAGCUGCAAGAGGCUCUUGUCUUGUCCUGGGUGAAUUGAGAAGAAUUGUCUUGCGUUGCUUUUGGUCUUGAGCAUCUUUCCUCUAAAAGAUGAUAACAGACUGGGAAGGUACUCCAGCUUUGCUUUGGCCUCUUAUGACAAAUAUACUCUCCAGGUGAUGGUGCCAGGUGUGUGUUAUUUUUAUAUGGUAUAGCCACUGCUGUAUGUCUCUUUUACAUCUAGCCAGGGCUGGGAGAAGCACUCCCCACCAGUGACUGAUUUUUAUUAUACAAUCCAGAAGUGGACAAGCUUUAGCUACUCGUUUCUCUUGGUCUCAAUAGUAUUGUGCUAAAAUGGCAGCAGGGCGGGUGGUGGUGGAAUAGUUGGUUCACUGCUGAGGAAGCAGGAGAAUGCAAGACUAUGAGUUGUGCAAGACAAACACUCCAGAAGGGAGUGUAGAGGAGUGAUUUUGCUAUCAAAAAUGGGGAUAAUUGUGAUGGUUUCUGAUUGUUUUUUUAAGGGGUCUCAGAGUCUCGCUCCCUACACUCCAAAUUGCACAGUGAUGGAAUGGGACUUGCAGCAGGGAGUUUUCAGUUCCACACUCUGUUGUGACGCUCACCUUUUGGUUUUGUCAGUGUUGCCAUCUCCUAGCCAUGCCUUAGAUUAAAGGCUGAUUUAGCCCACCUGGGUUCUAGUGGAAAGAGGAAGAAACCUUAACUUUCUUCACAAUGUAUAAUUUUAGGCUUGUCAUGCCAUGUCCAUGUCAUACCCUGGUAUGUGGUGGUUCAGUGGUUAAGAUGCCAAUUCUGAUUAUUAUAAAGUUGGCAUUUUGAAGCCCAAGUCCGUGUGACAGAGUGAGCUCCAGUCACUAGUCCCAGCUUCUGCCUACCUAUCACUUUGAAAGCAUGGAAAUGCAACUAGAUAAAUAAGUACCACUUUGGUGGGAAAGUAACAGCAUCCCUGCAGCCAUGCUGGCCACCAGAGUCUUCUUCAGACAAUGCUGGCUCUUCAGCUUAGUAACAGAGAUGAGCACCACCUCCUGCAGUCAGUUAUGACUAGACAUUCAAGAGGUAACCUUUAGCUUUUCAGCAUGUCCCUUCCCUUUGGCUUUUUUUUCUUGAGCCUCAAACAUUUUGUAGGUGAGUUGUUCCACACGGCUCCUUGUUAGUUGCUAUCAGGAUAGAACAAGCAAGAAUCCAUUACCACCACUUUGUUGUUAUUGUGCACCUUCAAGGCAACUUCAAGUUAUGGCGACUCUCUUGCGGAGGUUUCUUGACAAGAUUUAUUUGCAGGAGAUACUGCUUUCCUUUUGGUUAAGAAAGUAUGACUAGCCCAGAAUUACCAGGGGUUUCAUAGUUGUGUGGGCAUUCAAACCCUUUUCUCCCAGAGUUUUAGCCUAACAGGCAAACCAUUGCACUUGUUCAUAACUGCUCCAUAUUCAUGGUCCUGAGCUCCAUGGUGACCAUGAAGCAGUAACUUUGUUGUAGCUGAGUGGUUCUGAGUCUGGUCACUGCUUUAGAUUUAUGUUGAGCAGAAGAGAAAGGGACAAUAUAUCAGUGGACAGAGAUGGCUGACUCUAUACAUCUGCCAGGAGGGGGAUGACCAUUGUCCAAGUAUAAUGUGCUAUCAUAUUUCAGCCCACAGAAAAGCUAUACUGUCGGCUCUUCUUGUACACUGAUUUUUAAUACACGGAUUCAAGCAUCCACGGUUUGAAAAUGUUCCAAAAAAGUAUAAAUUUCAAAUACCAAACCUUGAUUUUCCAUUUUUUGUAAGGGACAUCAUUUUGCUAUGUCAUUAAAUUUAAUGGGACUUGAGCAUACAUGGAUUUGGUUAUCCGCGGGGGAUCUUGGAACCAAACCCCAGCGUAUAACAAGGGUCCUCUCUAUUUCUUAACAUGAAUGUUAAUGGAAUUGUGCAUAAAACUUCUUUUAAAAAGCCGCUUCUAGAAUGGAGCAAAGAGCCACGCCACAUAUUUAAAGGUUAGCCACUGACAAUCCUUGGUUUGUUAUCCCUUUGGAGACAUUAGUUGACAGUGGUUCUACUGUUUCACGUCUUUCAUGGGAGUUUGUGAAGAGGUGGGUUUGUAAGUUCCUUAAAUUUAAUCACCAGCCUGAGGCUUAGAAAUCAAAUGCUGCAUCCCAGUAGUAUUUCCGCACUUGCCAAGGGCAGGUUAUGGCACACAAAAAGUGAUCUCAGCUAAUUGGAAAAUGAGGCAUUUUCUACCAGAAAAGGGAGCUUUGUGUCACCGUGAAGACUAACUUUUUUAUUUCAGCAUCAAAUUUGAUGGACCACAGCCCUCUAGAUGUGUGGAGUACAACGUCUAUGGAGAGCACGCAAAGGUGGGGGAGAAUGUGGCAUGUAACAGAACUGCAGCACAUGACUGGCAUGGCAAGGGUAGUUUUAAUGGUGGGCAAAAAAGUAAGAGGACAAAGAAGAGUAACACCUGUUACAUCCCAGCAGAAGUAACCCUAUGUAUGGUAGUCUGGGAGAUAUAUUAAAUUGUUAAUAAAAAAUAGUCCUUGUAAAACAGACGAAGACUUUCUCUUGGAAAAAGAUAUUUGUACAGUUGGCCCUCCCUAUUUGCAGAUUUGAUUCCAGCGCAACUUUGCCAGAAGUUGACCAUAGAGUUUUGCUGGAGAAUCUAGAAGUUCCUAGAGAAAACACUUUGUAGGUUCUCCAGUAUGACUCUAUGAUCACCCUGUGGCAGAUGUUGACCACAGAGUUGCACUGGAGGACCUAGAUUCCUAGAGAGGUGUUUUUCUCAAUUAAAAAGAAUGUUUUUUUCAUUUGCCAUUUCUCACAUUCACAGGGAUCUUUCAGCCCUAAUGCCAGCAAAUGUGGGGGGACCACUGUAUACACAAAAUGAACCACAUUUGCAAAACGCAGCCACAGCCUCUGUGCUUUUGCAUCAGGAAAACCUUUAGUUGUUAAGGUUAAACAUGCCAAUGCAGUCCCAAUUUUUUUAAAAAAAUGUUUUAUCUUUUGGGGGGGGGGCUAGAAACCAUAAAUAUUAAAAGUCCCAUUCCCUUGGCUCUCUUUUAGGAUUCCUCAUCCAGAUAACACAUCCAGGGGUAGCCGUGCUGGCCAUAUAGCAAAGUACAAUAUCCCAAAUCCACCAAAUAGUGAUGCCUUUAUUGGAACAACCAAAAUGCACACUGUACAUGUUGCAAGCUUUCAAAGCUCCACUGGCUUCUUCAUCAGGCAAGGUGUUCAAAACCAUACAGGAGAAAGGGAAAAGAUGACUGCAUUGGCAUGUUUUACUUAACAAUACUUAAAUCUUUCCUGAUGCAGAAGCAUGGAGGCUUCCAGAGAAAUUCAGUGUUCUCUUCCUAACAAAGGGGCUUGUAGCCUAACAAAGGAUUUGACACAAACUGGAUCCCAAAGGCAGUAGCUUCUUGUCUUGCUCAUGGAAUUUAAAGUGUAUUUCCUGGACUUUAAGAAUCUCCCAGGAUCUAACUGACCAGAAGAAGGAGAGGCCCACCCACAUGAAUACCCUGGGAUUCGAAUCCUGGUCCCCAAAGUCAUGCAAUAUUCAAACCACUACAACCCACUGGCCCUGGUGGGUGGCAAAUGGUUUACAACUGACCGGCUCCCACAGGACCUCUUGACUACUUGCAAAGAAGGCUAACUAUUAUUAUUAUUAUUAUUAUUAUUAUUAUUAUUAAUAAUAAUAACUGAGGUGGACCUUUGUCCCUAGGAAUGUCUUAAGGCAGACCUAUUUUACACUUCAUGCCUAAGCAGUUCUGAAUAUGUGUUCACAGCUCUGCAAAUCUGAAAUACUAUAGUGAUACAGCGUAAGGUCUUUGCGCAGAGACAAAAGGUGAACAGGGCAGAUUUUUCCCAUAUGGACAAAUCUGAAUGCAAAUUUUCUUGUCUUCUGUAUGACUUUUUCCUACUCCUUUUUGCAGAGUUAGAACAUUAUCCCAAAAAUAUGAUAACAAUUCAUGUUGAAUCCUUGCUGCUUUUCUCCCCGCCUGCUUUGUUUGUCGUGUGCCGUUUGAAAUUCCAGGGCAGCAGUGCUAGGCAAGAGUCCAGGGAACCUGCAAAAUUAACCGAUCGAUUUGCAACAUAAACCCCAAGGUAUUUGGGGACCUCCCUCUGCUGCUUCAUCAGUGCAUUAUCUGUUGUGAUGUUGUGACCCUUCCUUAUGCAAAAUUCAAAUUGUACCAAGAGAGAACAGAAAUGUCAAAGGCCCCAGGGUUUUUUAAUUUAAAAUUUAAAAUUAAUUUUUAAAAAAUCACACUUUACCAAGUUUACCUUCAACCAUUUUGCCAUCUUCACACAGCAGUCCUAUCAUUUCCUUGUUUUUCCUUUGGCUACAGGCAUAACCAAAAAAGCCAUUUUUAUUGUUCUUAACCUUUCCAGCAAGCCUGAGCUUGUGCUGUGUGUGUUUAAUGAGUUACGGUGUAAUAAUAUUAUACAAUAAUAUAAAUGCAUUUGUAGGGUGGGGAGGCUUCCCAGUCCCAGAUCUUGUUGGAUGCCAAUGCCAUCAUCGCUGAUGGGAGCUGGAGUCCAACACAACCUUGACUUUCCAGUCUUGGGGAAAUAUCAUUUGCUUUGAGUAUUCAUAGUUUUGGAGAAGGCUACUAUAUUGUGAAUAAUCUUAGCUUUGGAGGGCUGCGUUGAGACAGUCUUUCAAAAACUGAAGCUUUAUUUUAGGCUGGAUGGUCUUUAAGCAUUGAAUGGAUGGCCAUCUUUUGGGGAUGCUUUGAUUGAGAAUUCCUGCAUGGCAGGAGGUUGGACUGGAUGGCCCUUGGAGACUCUUCCAACUAUGAUUCUAUCGUAAGAGAAGGGUUAAGAAGUGAUACGACAGCCUUGUUUAAGUAUUUGAAGGGGUGUUGCAUUGAAGAUGGAGUGAGCUUGUUUUCUGCUGCUCCAGAGAGUAGAACAUGGGACAAUGGAUGGAAGCUACAGGAAGAAAUUCCAGCUCAACAUUAGAGUGGAAUACACAGCCUUUGAGUAUAGUGGCAUCUCCUUCUUUGGAGGUCUGUAAACAGAGGCUGGAUGGCCAUCAGUUGGGGAUGCUUUGAGUGAGAGAUCCUGCAUGGCAGAAUAGGGUUGGACUGGAUGGCCCUCUUUAGGGUCUCUUCCAACUCUAGGGUUCUAAAACUGUGCUGUACCACUUGUUCCUAAGGGAGCCAGCAGAGGGCACUGGUUCACUAGUGAUAUCUUAACAUUCCUACUUGGGAGGAUUGCCCCAUUGUGAGUCCAGUUUGCUUUGCAGGAGGCAGGCAAGGAAAUGAGCCAGAGUUUGCCUUCCUCAGCACUACCUGCCCUCCCUCCCUCCCUCUCUGGGGCUCUCAGAACAGCUGGCAAGGGACCAAGGGAUGCCACAGAACAGACUAUUUCUGCUGAUGGUGAUCUAUGCCAUUGCCUCAUUUCUUGCAAAGUACAGGACUCUUGUUUUUAUCUGGCAGGCAGCAAAAAUUAAGGUCAGUUCAAGGCAAUGAGAACUGCCUCAGUGUAGCAGAGGAGCACUUGCUGGAUUUUCUUGGUUGGUUUGUAAACCAUUUCAAUGUUGUUUCUUCACCGGUUUUCCUAUUCUGUCUGUGACUCCUUUGAUGGAUGUAAAAAUACCUUUGGUUGUCUUCACACCUACAAAUUUCUCUGGCUCUGGCAGCACUUCUGAUAUUUUUAUUGCCUUACAGUCUCCAUUUGAACCUCUCAGCAAACUUUUACAACUUUAAUAAAAGGUACUACUUGA